GAUGAGUAAGGAAAAUAACGACGCGGGGUGACGCCCGUGUCCUCGUGCAACUUACGAGAUCAAUUUUUGAAAGGGUAAAGGUCUGCCUGCAGAGGUGACUUGCCUACUUCGCGAGAUGCCUCGUGGGACCAGGACCUUCCCCGACUCCCAUAACUGUUAAAAACAAGACGAACUAUUAUUCGCAAGAAAGAACCGACGUUAGGCGUGAUGUGAUUAGUAAUGGAGAGUAACUGUAUUCUGUCACAUGGAUCUAGCUACACAUAGUCUGUAUAAAAAGGGUCUACCUCACUAUUAGAAACAUGUAAUAUAUAUAGGGGAUUUAACGCAAUGCGACAAUGUCACAAUCAACAGCUUUAAAAGUACAGCACAUAAGUUAGUUGAACAACAUUUAUUUUAAAUUUGUAAUUUACGGGACUGUUGAUUUGUAUUGAAAUGAAAUCCUGAACCCUAAUAUAAUUUAAUAAGUUUACAUAUAAAGCUUAGUUUUUUGUUUGUUACAAAUAUUUUGCAUGCAUUUUGCAAACAUCAAAACAGGGAAAACUCGAAGUCCCAGAAUGCAGUAGGGCAGAUCCGAAGUGCUGGGUCGAUGUACUCUCGCUGUUCAUCGCCGCUGCCUCACGUUGCUGCUGUCGCGCGGAUCCGUUAGCAGCAGAGAAGAGAAAUGGCUGCAGCUCUGUCCCGUGCUCUCAAACUGCCCGGGAAGAAGGGCUCCGAGCUUGGGGAGUACGACCCCCUCACCCAAGCAGACAGCGACGACGACAGCGAAGAGGACGACCUCGUGCUCAACUACCCCCGUAAUGGCCUUGGCAGGGACAGCUGCCUCGGCACGGGUCCCUCAAAGGUGCGGGGCGGCAGAUCUGGGAGACUUGUGGGGGCCCAAGACGAGGCACAGGAGGACGAGGAGGAAGAAGAGGACGUGUGGAGGGAGCGACUCCCCAGCAAAUCCAGACGGGACAGAGACGACAUGAAAGGCAUGCAGUACUGGAGCAACAGGGACUCGGGCAGGGACAGGGCUGGGGAGACAAGAGGGGGCCCUGGGCCGCUGGGGGGCACUGGGCUCGGGGUUCACAGUACUGAUGCGGAAGAAAAGAAGAUGAGGAUGAAGAAUGCUGUCCGGAGUGCGUUCUUCCUGGUGCCGCUGGUCUGCGCCACACUGCUCGUACUGCUGUGUGCGUUCCUGAUCCCGUGCCAGAAGGGAGAUCUGGAAAAGAGGCUGCAGUGGGAGAGAGCACUGGGAGACGCAGGAGGUGUCACUCCACCUGCACUGGCGCUGUGGGACGUCGAUGGGGAUUCGGUGGAGGAUGUGUUUCUGGGUGUUACUGAAUGGACCAAUGACACCCAUCCUACACAAGGAAACAAAAUUUACAGUGCGGUGGCCCUGUCAGCAGUCAGCGGCCAGGUGCUCUGGAGGAAAGUCAUGCGCGAGUCUGUGAUGUACAUCCAGUGUGGUCUGCAGUACAGCGCCCAGCCCUCACCUGUGGUCCUCCUCAUUGGCAAAUCCAUCCUCAUGGCAGUCAAUGGCACCACAGGGUCGAACUUGUGGUCGGUGCAGCUUAAGAACAUUGAAUCCCAGGCGGUGUUACUUCCAGACCUCCAGGGUGACUCGGUCCCAGAUCUGCUGAUAGCCACCCUGCCUGCAGAUGAGUCUUUGGAUCUCUCCCUGACCUUGAUCUCUGGGCUGACGGGGGCAAAGCUCGGACGUCCCGUGCCUUUCAACCUCACUGGACAAGGAAAGCUGAUUGGUCCUUUGCUGCACGAGACACAACUUGAGGCAUACUACAUCUUAUUUGGACUAGGUAACGUAGAGGCCAUCUCUCUGCGUGAUAUCUACUUUCGUGCCACUGGCAAAAUGCCCAUAACUGAGGAACUGAGAAGGAAGGAUCCAGGAUGGGAGGCACUCAAGAAAAGCAAUUCCUCCUCCUUCAUACACAUUUACAGAGGAUCUGAGCGUGUGGAGUUCCUGCUCCCUCUUGUGGCUGGUUUUGGCAACUACCACAACAGCCUGGACACGCUUUCCAACCUUAAAGCCUCCAAAAGCGACUGGGUGCUGGUGUUUGGAUCCAGCAAACUGUCAGUGCUCAGACAGAGGGACAUACGUAAAGAAUGGACUUUCAACUCGGCUCCCAUUCACAGCCAACCAGCCCCUGGACACUUCAAUGAUGAUGGGAUCCUCGAUCUUUUCAUCCAGCAUUCAGCCAACGGCAUCAUGCAGGCCCAGGUUGUUGAUGGGGCAAACGGGCAUCUUCUCUGGACAGCAGAGUUUGUGUGUCCUCGUCUUGUUUUGGAAACUUCGGCAAUCUACACCUCAACUGGCCAAUCAGCUUUCCUCUUCUGGGCCAGCGAACCAAUCAGGGUGCAGAAGAAUGUUACCAAGACAACUGUGGCACCGGGUGUUGCUGCAGCGGAGCCGCUCAUUAGAAAACUUUUCCUGUUGCACCCUGCAUAUCCCACAAUCCUGAUGGAGCUCACCAGUACCACAGACACCGCAGUCACCUCUGCAGUGAGUUACCAGGAGCGCCAGAAAGACGCCAUCUACAUCACCGUAUCCUCCCGACCCACGCCCGAUUCGGAGCCCGGCGCUCGGAUAGUCAAGAGCAUGAGCCUCAGAGCUGCUAUCACCAAAGGACAAAUUGUCAGACUAGGGGAAAGCAACAAGAGCGGGGAACCCGUUAAACCCGCAGCGUUUGAGGUCAACAAGUUCUUCAGGCGUUUGUCCUUUAAACGUCAGUGAUGAGCCACCACGCCCUGCGUCACGGGAAGCGGUACAACUUAAAGGACUCACAUGAGGACGAAAGGGACAGAGGUUGUGGUUAGCUCUGCACUAAGGAGACACUACAAAUUCAUUUGAAGCGUGUUUGGUUCACUAAGUAUGAAUUUCAUUUCUGUUACUUUGAGAGACAGGUAGAGAUUUUGUUUGUAUUGUUUUGGUUUGUACAAUGAAAAGGCUUAUUUAAAUGAUUUAACUUGCAUUUGGGGAGGUCUUUUAAUAUUUCAUUGAAUGUUUAUGAUUGUUUGGACUUGAUAGCAGAAGGAUAUAACUUUGUACAGUGAAGCACAAUAAUGCUGAUGAAAGGGCAUGUAAAUGUGUUUACAGUAUGCAUCACUCAUACAACUCUUCAAGAGCCAGUAUAUUCAUGUGGUGUCAUCCCUCAGUCACAUGCAUUUUUUUGUCUGGAAGCCACUAAUUGUGUUCUUUCUGCUCACCACUAAGAGACUGUAAAUAUUUAAUACUGUAAAUAUGUAUUGCUUUGCUUUAACGUUUUGAUGUUUUUGUUUAUUUAUGGUGUCAGAUUUGUUUGAAUAUAUAUAUAUAUAUCCAACCAGUUUUUUUUCUUUCUCUCAGAAGGCGUGGCUGCUAAAGGUUAUGAUAUUUAAAUGUAAACUGCAACUUCACAUAUCUCAAGAGAAAGUAUGACAGUCAAGUCUUACUGCA